CUCAAUCACGUGGGGCGAUAUUCUUCAUUGCCAUUGGCAGAGGGAAACGCGCCGGAAGUAGUCGAGCAGUUAAAUUACUUCCGCCCUGGGGGUGACUUCCUUUUUUUCGCCGCUGCUCCGGGAAGGGAAAUGGCGGCGCAGAUCUCCAAGAAGCGAAAGUUCGUGGCGGACGGCAUCUUCAAGGCCGAGCUCAACGAGUUCCUGACUCGCGAACUGGCCGAGGACGGCUACAGCGGCGUGGAGGUGCGUGUCACACCCACUAGGACCGAGAUCAUCAUCUUGGCGACCAGGACUCAGAAUGUGCUGGGUGAGAAAGGCCGCCGAAUCCGUGAGCUGACUGCUGUUGUUCAGAAGCGGUUUGGUUUCCCAGAGGGAAGUGUUGAGCUCUAUGCUGAAAAGGUUGCUACUCGAGGGCUUUGUGCUAUAGCUCAGGCAGAGUCCCUGCGUUACAAGUUGCUUGGUGGCCUGGCUGUGCGUAGAGCCUGCUAUGGUGUUCUCCGCUUCAUUAUGGAAAGUGGAGCUAAGGGCUGUGAAGUGGUAGUUUCCGGAAAACUCCGUGGCCAGAGAGCCAAGUCCAUGAAAUUUGUUGACGGUUUGAUGAUCCACAGUGGUGAUCCAGUGAACUACUACGUUGAUACAGCUGUGCGUCAUGUAUUGCUAAGACAAGGUGUGUUGGGAAUCAAAGUUAAGAUCAUGCUGCCAUGGGAUCCAAGUGGUAAAAUUGGACCCAAGAAACCUCUGCCUGAUCAUGUCAGCAUUGUUGAGCCCAAGGACGAGAUCUUGCCAACUACACCCAUUUCAGAACAGAAGGGAGGCAAACCAGAGCAACCUGUCAUCCAGCAGCCUGGACCAGUUCCAACUGCAUAGUUGGGUGUACCAACAUCUAAAAGAAGUUUCUAAUUUUCUGUUGUUGCUUUGAAUAAAAGAAAAGAAAAAAGUU